AUGAGGCCUUUGCCCCGUGUUCUGCUUGGGGCCCCUCGGGGGGCCCUCAGGGGGGCCCCCCGAGGGGCCUCUGAACGGUCAGGGGGGCCCCUGGGGCCCCCUGGGGGCCCCCUGGCUCAUUUUAUAUCUUUAAGGGGGCCCUCGGUGCCUUCGUGGCGGGCCUUCUCCACCAGCAGCUGCAAGGAAGCUGCUGCUGCCGCCGCCAGCUCCAGCAGCAGCAGCAGCAACAACAACAACAGCAGCAGCAACAACAACAACAGCAGCGACAACAGCAACAGCAGCAGCAACAGCAUAAGCAGCAGCAGCAGCAGCAGCAGUGACAGCAGCAGCAGCAGCAGCAGCAGCAGCAAAAGUCGCAAAGUGCGGGUGCCCGUGCUGAUAGUUGGCGGCGGGCCUGUGGGCUUGACCCUCGCGCUGCUGCUGCAGCGCGGGGGAGUGCCCAGUUUGCUGCUGGAGCAGCAAGCAGCAGCAACUUGUCUCCCGAAGGCUCACUACAUCACAAAUAGAUCUAUGGAAA